AUGGAGCAGCAAAACAGGGGUUCUCUGAACAGCUCGGAGCAAGGCGGAAACCACGAUGACCGAAACGGUGUCCCUGUCGACACACAGGCCGAGAAGCUCCGAUACUACAAAGACUACCUCGAACAAGUGUUAGAUUUGGUUCGCCACAAUGACCAGGCGGAUUUAGACCGCAUGGUGUCUGUCAUUCGCUCCGGUGCUUCUGACAAGGAAAUCCUUGCCGUUUUAGCCGAAUUACAAGGCGAAGUCAACCACACCGGCCAAGAUGGACACGCAGGGAACCCUUGA